GGGAGUCGGAACGCCCAUUUAUCUAUCUCGCUCCUUUGCUCUCAGGCAGUCCACAUGUGUGUGUAACUGCCGCGACGAAUAGCGAGCUAGAGAUCAAUGUGUGCGUGGGAAUACGUGUAUCCUUUCUACUUCUCCAGCAUUCCUUCCGCGAGCUUCAAGUCAACGGAGGACUGUACCUACGUGAAUUUUAUACACAAUUAAAAAUGGCAUGGACACAUUACCAACGUAUAUUAGCUGUACUUUUGGUUGUAACUGGAUCAUUUAAUAGUUUAUCGGUAAAAUUUGCCGAUAAACAAAUAGUACCGGGUGAAGAUGGUGAGCUCAGGCAUUUCAAUCAUCCGUUUAUGCAGUCUUCCUUUAUGUUUGUAGGGGAGAUGAUGUGUCUUGUAGUAUUUAAAGUUGUUUAUCAUUACUACAGUCGUAAAGGUGAUGGCUCUGUGGAUAACAAUACUUUAACUAAAGGAUCACAAACAUUUAAUCCUUUUAUUUUAUUCAUUCCUGCAUUGUGCGAUAUGUGCGCUACAUCUGUUAUGUAUGUCGGCUUGAGUUUGACAUACGUGAGUAGUUUUCAAAUGUUGCGUGGUGCUGUUAUUAUAUUCACAGCUAUCCUUUCUAUGAGUUUUCUCAAUAGAAAACUAGGUAGCAGAGAAUGGAUUGGUAUAGGAAUGGUUUUAAUUGGUUUAGUUCUUGUUGGACUCAGUGACAUAAUAGUUAUGGAAAAUUCAAAUAGUAACACAAAUUCUAUUAUAACUGGAGAUUUACUUAUUAUAUGUGCUCAGAUUAUAACAGCUGUUCAAAUGGUGGUAGAAGAAAAAUUUAUAGCAGAGCAAAAUAUACCAGCGCUGCAAGCAGUUGGUUGGGAAGGUGUCUUUGGAUUCAUUAGUAUAUGUAUUUUAAUGAUUCCUCUUAAUUUUAUACCUGCAUCACCUCCGUUUGCUGACAAUUCUCGAGGGACACUUGAAGCUACUAAAGAUGCUUUUAUCCAAAUUGGAAACAGUGGUCUAUUGCUGAUGGCAAUAGUAGGUAUUGCAUUCAGUAUAGCUUUUUUUAAUUUUUCGGGUAUCAGCGUUACCAAAGAAAUGAGUGCUACUACAAGAAUGAUUUUAGAUAGUAUUCGAACUAUUGUUAUAUGGGCUUUCUCUUUAGCAGUUGGUUGGCAAACUUUUCAUUACUUACAGCUUAUUGGUUUCACCAUGCUACUAAUUGGAAUGUCGUGCUAUAACAACAUUAUUAUUCCUCAAUUAAUAAGAAAAUGUAGAUACCAAUUAGGUCGUCAUAGACCACCUCCAUGUAACCAAAUCAUUAAUAUAAUGGCAGACGAUAUUCCAGAAACUCAGUGAAACUUAUAUUACUCAUUCAAUACUCUAGGAUGUCGACCAUCCUGUGUGUGAUAUUAAGAACUAUUAUAGUUUCUAUAAAGAACGGUGCUUUGUACAUCCGUUCAAAUCCAUACAUAAUAUCCAAUACUAAUUUUUCCUUGAAGAAAUGUUUUGAAUGCCAAUUAAUAUAACAAUAUUUUUCCACCG